AACGUUGCGUUGCUGUGCCUGUCGGGACAUUUUAGGGGAGGCCACUCUUUGACCUGCCUGCACGUGCUUUGUCGUGAUUGUCUUCCCCCAUACAGCGUAAGGGGAGACUACCAACAAAACGGUUCGGUGUUUCUAUGUCCUGCGUGUCGUCCUAAGUCACCUGGUGACGUACCCCAGGUCCGGCGCAAGUCCGUGACGUCACAGGUCAACUCGCGCGUGGCGGCCAAGCCUUGCCUGGCCAUCGAGGAGCUCAGGCGCCGAAGUGAGGCUGCCAACGGCUGGUACGACUACACCGACGAGGACAGCAACGACGAUGCCGGUGAGGAGGAAGACGAGGAUGGCUGCAGCAGCGAGGUGGCGCCAGAGGUCAUUUCCGGCUCCUCGCUCGUCCUCCCAUGCCCCGCGCACGCGCAGCGCGACGCCGAGCAGUACUGUCUGGCCUGCGAGCAGCUAGCCUGCCAGAAGUGCGUCACCUCUGCUCACCGGAAGUGCUCUCACCAGCUCGUGACUUGUCCUGAAGCCGUCGUAGCUCGCCGACCUCACCUGAACGCGCUGCACAGCAAGCUUGCGCAGAAGGUGAUCAGGUCGCAAGAGCACGUCACUUCCGACAGCGCCCUGCUGGAGGACCUGGAGAAACAGAGGCUGGCGCUGAUUGGUCAGAUCGCCGCUCAGCGCGAGGCGUUAGUGAGAGCCAUUCUCGAGAAGGAGGCCAGGCUGGUGCAGGAGGUCAACGCGGUUUUGGACAAAGAGACCAACAUGGUGAAAGCCAGGAUCCUGGAGAACACCUGCUCAGGUAAAGCGGCGGAGGGCCAGCUGAGCGUUUUGGAGGCCGUCAUCAGCGUUCAGGGGGAAGCUGAGAUUUUGUCACUCGUCCCCUCACUGACGACAGACCUGGACCAGGAAGCCGCUAACUACGCAUGCGCACAGUCACAAGAAACGAUAACUCUCGUCUACGCCCCGGAUGCUCAGCUGGAAGACUCUGUGAGCCGGUCACCUCUGGGCAGCCUGACCGUGGCGAGUUCCGGCAAGAGACACGACGACGCACCUCUGCCACACCGAGACGACCUCAGCUUGACCCUGAUGACGUCAUUCCACGGCCGCACGAGGGAGGAUACGUGUGAUCCGUUGUUGACGGAUUUAGUUUUGCUGCCCAACGGUGACGUCAUACUGACCGACAGGGACAAUAAGUGCGUGAAGAAGUUCAACUCCACUGGCCACCUCCUGACCCGGGUGCCUGUCCCAGAAGUACCCGUCCCGAAUCGCCUGGUGUCGCAGGGGAAGGCCGAUUCCGUGAUGAACAAGAAGGUGUUGCUGUUCAUGUCUCUACUGGGAACCGUCCGCAUCUUGUCCUCUGUGCGCUUGAAGCGUCCUUACUGCUUCUUGGCCUCAGCCGGGGAGGGUCUAACCCCGGGUCAGGGUCAAGUCCAGCUGCUGGCCGCCACUAGCCAGUGUGACGUCAUCGACGUCAUCACCGAGUCCGGGGUCCUCCUGCGGCGGCUCUACACACACAAGGGGGAGCGCGUGUCUCUGUCUCGACCCCUGUAUCUUCACGUGCCGACGACUCGCGACCCCGACGUGGCGGCGCUGGUGGUGGACAGCGGGCGGCGCGUGCUCUUUGCCCUCAACGCCGAGGGGCAAACGAUCUUCACCUUCAAGCCCAAAGGUGAAGCUGCCCUGGAAUGCCCGCUGGGAGUGGCUAGCGUGCCCGGGGCAGGGCUGAUCCUGCUGGCAGACAGGGAUAAAAAUCGAGUUCAGUUGCUCAGUCGGCGGGGGUCCUUGCUGAAGGACCUGUUGACCGAGAAGGACUCCAUCUUCAAGCCCUGCGCCCUCAACGCCAGCGCGCGCGGACGAGUUGCUCUGACCCAAGUGGACGGCUGGGUGAAGAUCUACAGGACACAGUAGAUAUGGGCAGUCUACUCCAUUGACCUUUUUGUGGAAAUAUCCACUUCCGGUUUAGACACUGGUACACUCGUACACCAACCGUGUACAUCAUCCAAGUUUACCGUCUGUUCAGAUGGCUUCCACAAGAUACCAACAGACAUCGACUAACACUCUGGUAGACAUUCCUGUAGAAAUCCGGCAAUUAUCUAGCAUUUCGACCUUGUUAAGUCCGUGAACCCUAACCCAUCGCUAAAUCCAUAUCACUCACUGUAUAUUUUUGUUAAACAUCAUGUAUAUUUUUCCGCCAAACCCAAGAUAAAAGAAAAUAAGGACCACAAAUUUAAAUUAUGGAAAAUAAAGAUGGUUGAUGUUCUUGUCUUUAAUAAGUAUGUUACACAAUUCAUGUCUAAAGUAAAAUUGUAUCUGGUUUUGAUUGUCAGGUUUCAGUUAAGUAUAAUUAAUUAUUGUUUCUUACUCU